GAGAACUAAAAACUGCCGUGAAUUCUUUUAGCUAACUUUUUAUCCACAGGUCUUUCGCUCGCAGUGACUCGGAUCUGUCUGCAGAAAGCCACGCUGGCUCGUUACUCCUCGCCGCCAUCUUGGGACUAUUGGCAUCACUUUUCUCUCAGCGUGCACUUUACGUGGAAAUAGCAUCCUUGUCCUCGUGUCGAAAGAGAUGAACAUUCCGAACCUUGUUUUUGGGUUGCAUUUUACCUCAUUAGAUCGUUUUACUGAACAUUUAUCCUCGUAUCAAUUUCAGGUCACUGUUGUAGUUGGUCGAUCGAAGGAUUUGUAGGUCGCUCCCGAUCUUCAGUUCCAAGUUUAUCGGCGGACAGUUUCCUUAUUCAGAAGCUAACAAAAUGGACAUUAGGCGGGAAGACACCGCUGAAAGGAUGACAGAUGACCCUAGUGAUCUGAGGAGAAGUUCAGACUACAGAAGUAAUGGCCGUAAUAAGGAUUCCAGAGAACGUGACCUUGAACGUGACAUUGGACGUGAGCUGAGCCGCUUUAGGGACAUCAGAACAGACAGAGAUGAGCGUCGCAGAAGUCCAGAUACAAGGCGUGGUGAUGCAGCUGAUCCUUUUGGGCGCGACAGAGAUUAUUAUAAAGAAAGAAACAGGGAUAAUGACCAUGAUAAAGAGAGAAUUAGUAGAGAUCGCGAUCGAGAUAGAUAUAGGUCUCAUGACAGAGAUCGCUACGAUCGUGACAGCCGCAAUAACCAAGAUUGGGGCAGAGACCGUUAUGAUCAUGAUCGGCAAGAUCGCCUUGGUGACUUUGAUGGUGGUAAAGAUUAUGGAAGACUCAGAGAGCGAGACCUUGACAGGGAUCGUGACCGCGAUCGUGACCGUGAUCGUGAUCGUGAUAGAGGCUAUGAUAGAGAUCGCGACUGGGAUUACGAUAACAGAGACAGAACAGGAUACACCAGCAGAGACUGGAAGAGGAAUGAUGGAUAUCACAGUGAUGAACAUGAUCGCAGUGACCGUGAUAGAGAUUAUGGGGACAGGGAGUCUUCACGCAGUAGAUACCACUCUCGUGACAGGGAUGGAGAUGACAGAAGACUUCAGGACAGCAGGCAGGAAGAACCAACAAGUGUUAUUAUUCUACAUGGGCUUGAUAAGGACUUCAGAGAGGAAGAUAUGGUAGAUGAGUUACAAAGGGAUGGUACUGACUUCUUAGAUCUGAGAGUGGUUCGCCAUAGAAGUGGUAUUUCCAAGGGGUUUGGUUUUUUAGAGUUUAAAAGUGUCUCUGAUGCGCAGGACUGGAUGGAACUUCACAAGGGGAGGUAUAAUGUACGUGGACACAGAGUCUGUGCUGAUUACAGCAGACCUAAAACUGCCUCAGUUGUAGCAGAUAAGGACUGGAUUUGUAGUAAGUGUGGUGGUCAGAAUUUUUCCUCAAAGAGGCGUCUGUCAUGCUUUAAGUGUGGAGCACCUAAAGAGAGUAGUAUUGCUGAUUUAGGGGAUGAUAAGGAAAUUUCAAAUAAUCCAUGUAAAGUCCUGAUUCUAAGGGGCUUGGAUACCAUCACUAAUGAUGAAGCGAUACGAAAAGCCCUUGUGGAGAUCACAGCUCUUCCUGUAUAUGAUGUGCGUCUCAUUAGAGAUAAAUUAACUAACACAUCAAGAGGAUUCUGUUUUGUUGAGCUUGGUUCAGUUGAGGAAGCAAGUCAGUUACUGGAAAUCAUCACUAACAUGCACCCCCCUUUUACUAUUGAUGGUAGAAUUGUUACGGCAUCUUAUGCCCAUCAUGAUAAUCCACCAAAAAAUACCAUCAGUGCUUCAGUAGCAUCAGCAGCCAUUGAACAGGCACAGUGGUCACAGACAGCCAUCGGAUCUCAGCCUCAGGUUUCCUCUAGUACUGUUGCUGCUAACGCCAUGGCUCAAGCACAGGCUGCCGGCAACAUGGGUACAGUGACAGCUGCCAGCCAAGCUGCUACCUUGCCAACUUAUGAUGCAAAGGCUACAACCCAGCAGCAGCAAUACCAACAACAGCCUAUCACAGGUACAGGGACAACAACUGAUCAAGUCCAAGGUGGCACUGCACAGAACCAGCAACAAACUCAACCCCAAGCUCAGGUGGAUUUAACACAGUCACAGCAGUCACAGGCAUUGGCUUCAUCACCAUCGUUUGCAAACUAUGUUUAUGACCCAUCCUCUGGUUAUUAUUAUAAUUCAACAACAGGGUUGUAUUAUGAUGCAAAUACUCAGUAUUAUUACAACAGUGCUACUGGACAGUAUCUGUAUUGGAAUGCUGAAACAAAGCAAUAUGUCCCAGUAGCUGCUGAUGGGACCAUUGCAGCAUCAGGCUCAGGUGCUACUGAAACCCUCACCAGCAGUGAAGCAGCAUCAGUCAAAGAAAAGCAGAAAAAAGCAAAGUCAUUGCAAGCUAAAAAGAUUGCAAAGGACAUGGAGAGAUGGGCAAAGUCUGUGAAUGCAGCAAAGACCCAAGUUGAUGAUUCCAAGAAAGGAUCUUUUAUUCCUGUGUCAAAACCAGAGGAAGCAAAACCUGACACAGAUGUGUUUAAAAUGCCAUUUGGACCUCCCCCUAAGAUUUCAACAUCACUGAACAUAGCUAAGAGCAUUGCGGCUGGAAUGCCAGCAGAAGUGAAUGAUAAUGUGGCAGCGUCCAGUCCUCUGGCGGCCUUGAGCAUGGUUCAAGCUACUAAGACAACAGAGCCAUCAAAAAGUGCCAUAGUUGCGGAAUAUGGCGAGGAUGACUCCGAUCCAGAAGACGAUAUCAAUGAUAAAUUUACUGACUUGAGUAUCAUGGCGUGUUUGCUUUGCAAACGACAGUUCCCGAACAAAGAAGCUCUGGAAAGACAUCAAAAAUUUUCCGACUUGCACAAGCAAAACUUAGAGAUUCACAAGAAGAUGGGAAUGAGUGAUGAACAACUUGAAGCGUAUGAGAAGCAAGAGCGGGAGAGUAAGUACCGUGACAGAGCGAGAGAGAGAAGGGAGAAAUAUGGGCAACCGGAAGCACAGAAAGUUCGACUGCCUUCCAGGCGAAGAGGAGGAGGAGGAGGGGGAGGAAGCAUAUCGUUUGAGCCUCCAGCUGAGCGAAUUGGUGGGGAAAAUAUCGGCAAUCAGAUGUUAAAGGCCAUGGGCUGGACUGAGGGGAGUGGUCUGGGAAGGGAAGGACAAGGCAUUGUUGAUCCUAUCGAGGCCAAAAUGAGAAGCCAAAAUGCCGGACUCGGAUUGAAGGGAAGCAGUUAUGGCGCAUCUUCUUCAGAUACUUACCAACAGAAACUUAAGAAGCUGGCAAGGUCACGUUUUAACGAUGUUUGAGGAACACUGUGAUACGUCCCUUUAGAGCGACAACUGGUUCUGAACACAGAAUGAGUUCAUUGCAGGACUAUAAAUGAAAAA